ACCGACAAUCAAAACUGUCGGCGACUGUAUCGUAACACAGCGUAUGGUAUCUUUGCAUUCAUUUUUAAAUAUGGAAUAUAUAUACCGAGUACCGUUCUCUGUGUUGGAAGUGCCUAACUUAAAAUUAAAAAAGCCAUCAUGGUUUACAAAACCUAGCGCUAUGGUUGUUUUUUCAUUCAUACUUUUAUCAUAUUUUCUAGUAACAGGAGGUAUAAUAUAUGACGUAAUUGUGGAACCACCUAGCGUAGGUUCAACGUCCGACGAACAUGGUCAUACACGUCCUGUGGCAUUCAUGUCGUAUCGUGUGAACGGUCAAUAUAUCAUGGAAGGAUUAGCAUCUAGUUUUCUUUUUACUUUAGGUGGAAUUGGGUUUAUAGUAUUAGAUCAGACGCAUAGUCCGUCGACCCCUAAGCUUAACAGAAUUCUUCUAAUAUGCGUUGGAUUUAUUAGCGUCAUUGUAUCAUUUAUUACCUGUUGGAUUUUCAUGAGGAUGAAAUUACCGGGAUACCUGCAAUCAUAAAAUUAACAUGGCUGAAAGUUACGUGAAUUGAAAUUUAACACUUUUUGUGUAUGUAAAAUAUACCAUGUCCGAGAAAAGCAAAUUGCAGUUUGUGUUACUUUAUUGUUUAUCAGAGUAUGUUAAAAAGAAUAUG